UACAUUGAAAUCAACAUAAUUGAUGAUGAGGAAUAUGAAAAGAAUGUGGACUUCUAUAUCGAGCUUAACCCACCGUUACUGGUCAAGAGAGGUAAUGGUAGUGGCGCUGAUGAUCAUGAAUAUGACAAGCAACAGGCAAUGUUAGGCAUGACUGAAGAUGAUCAGCGCGUCGCUGACAUGGGUUUACCUCAACUAGGAGACGUCACCAGGUUGCAAGUGCACAUUGUGGAAAGUCAAGAAUUUAAGAACACAGUGGAUAAACUGAUAAAGAAAGCAAACUUGUCUCUUGUGGUUGGCACAUCAUCUUGGCGAGAACAGUUUUCUGAGGCCCUUACUGUCAGUGCUGGAGAUGAUGAAGGGGAUGACAGUGAAGAAAGACUGCCCUCAUGUUUGGAUUAUGUAAUGCACUUUCUGACUAUAUUUUGGAAAAUCCUGUUUGCGUUUGUCCCACCAACUGAUAUCUGGGGCGGUUAUGCAUGUUUUUUCGUUUCUAUCUUUAUGAUUGGUUUGCUAACUGGCGUGAUUGGUGACAUAGCUUCCUCAUUUGGAUGUACUAUAGGACUAUUGGACAGCGUUACAGCUAUUUCAUUUGUGGCACUUGGCACUAGUGUUCCAGACACCUUUGCCAGUAAGGUUGCGGCUGUAGGCGACAAAUAUGCAGACGCAUCUAUUGGCAAUGUAACUGGAAGUAAUGCAGUAAAUGUGUUCCUUGGUAUUGGAAUUGCAUGGUCCUUUGCGGCUGUAUAUCAUGCAAUAAAGGACACCACAUUCAAAGUUAAAGCAGGUUCACUUGGUUUCUCUGUUACUCUCUUUUCAUUAUUUGCCUUGGUUGUUAUUACCAUUCUAAUGGUCAGACGCAAACUAGCUGUCAUUGGUGGUGAGCUGGGUGGCCCAAAAAAUUACAAGCUCAUGACUUCAAUUACUUUUGCAUCAGUUUGGAUGGUCUACAUAAUUCUGUGUAGUUUUGAGGCAUAUGGUUACAUUCAAGGAUUCUAAAGAAUAUUGCUCAUGGUAGGGAAUGUAAAGUUGAUUGUAGGACAACCGCUAAGUCCCAUGGGAACCAUAUUACAAAUACAUCUGUAGUGCUAUUGGAAACUGGAAGAGGAUAACUGAUCAGCCUAGAUGAUGAAAUAGUAUUAAAUAUAGGCCUACAAUUAAAAUAAGAAGUUGAUAACUUAUGCAAAUAAUAUAUAAAGCAGACUGCUUGAGAUUUGCAUAUUGUACCUGCAAAUAGACAAAUAUUCCAGGUGUAUUAUUACUUUUAAUAAUAAUUAAAUUUCAUAAUGUGUUACACAUUUAUGAUUUAGUUGUGCAGAAAAUAUACAUACAUGAAGUAUAUUUGAUGAAAUGUGUAUGUAUCCAUUGCUUUACAUCUGAUUUGCAGAAUAUGUAGUUAAUUUGCACCAACAAACAGUGUAAAUCAACUAUAAUGUUUAGUCAUUAGGGGUUGCCACAAUUGAUUGCGUAUUAUUUUCGAUCAGUUUAUUUAAAUUACCGGUAUGUACAUUGGCAUAUUAUAUUUAUUCCAAAGGAAACACAUUUAAAAAGCAGGCAUUUUUUAUAUAUUGAAUAGUUAACAUUAUGAUCAGGAUAUUUCCCCAUACAUUAUAGAAACCAAAUAUGCUAUUUAAUAAUGUGCUGUGUAUAUGAGGGUUUUGUAGGUAUGUUUUGCUGAAAUUGUAGUGCAAUGUUUAUGUAGGAGAUGCAAUAUUAUUUGUAGAUUAGAUUAUUUAUUUAUAAAACUUAUAAGAUAAGUUCCAAAUGAGUUGUUAUUCUAGCAUGAGUGCCUAAAUUCUUAAUGUGAGUCUGCAAAUAAUUAGUAAGAUAAAGCAUAUAUAUAACAUUUAACAGUACUCCUAUCCCUUUCCUCCAGAUUCCAAACCCCAAUUACAGUAUCUUUCUUCUCUUGUUAUAUUAAUAGGACAGUUUGGCAAUGAAUGAACAUUUCCCAUCAUACAUUCAUUGGAAGUCCAUAGCCUGUAGAUUACUGAAUCUCAGGAAAUCAAAAAGAAACAUUUGUAUUGAAAUAUACAGUUGUAUUAGUUGCACCAAAUACAUUUUUAUUCUGUAUAACAUUUACAUGGUUAAAAUAUACAGUAAACUAUUUAAAUCAUUAAUGAAUUUGAAAUAUUCACUGUAUUGUAUUGUGUCUAAUCAUCAAUUAGCCUAGGUGUUUAAUUAAAGAAAUAUACAAAGUGAUAAUACAACAAUAAUAUUAGUGUUCAGUAUAGUAUAUUAGGUACAGUUGCAGAUACAAGAUACAGUCAAUCUACUAUGUAGUUAUAUUGUCAGUUUAUUUAUACAGUAAUGUUUAACUUAAAUGAUUGUGAUUAAUUAUAACGAAAAUAUAACAAAAAAUAAACAAAUUAGGGCCAGUGAGUUUAUAAGGUCAUUGACAUUCUCCAACAGACAGUUCAGCCAAUCAAUGAGCAAAUUUAACACAAAAAAAAUCAUCAAUUACUAAGCAGUUGUAGUUCCCUUAGUAGCACUCAUUAUAUGUACUUAACAACCCACCCUUAUUAUAAACCAUUUCCAAAGAAACCACCUAAAAACAAUUAAGGAUAAAGUAAUAUUUAUCUGUGGUAUUUGUGUUGUGAACAUAAGUUUAAAAUUAUUAUUACAAAUAUAUUUCUUUAUUUUUUAUUACACCUUUCCAGUAUGUUGCCACAUCCAUUCUUAAUUAAUUAUGGUCUUCUAUGAAAGACUCAACUGUCCUGGUUUUAUUUUAUCUUGGCCCAAUACAUCAAAAACCAUAUUUACAAAACUUGGCGUUGACGGCUUAUAGUAGUAGUGCUUAUAAUGGAAAACUCAGGGUAUCUGUGCAAUGCCCAACACUAAGAUUAAUUGUAAAUUAGGGUGUUCAUCUUUUAAUGAACCAAUUAUUCCUGUUACCAACAAUUGGAUGUGUUCAAGGGAUGAAACCAGGACUGUAUUACUGUGUACAUCGACUCAUAGAGGGUUGGUGGGCCUGUGAUAUGAAUUAACAUUCCCAUAUGAAACUGCCUUUGUUUUAGUUUUGUUGUACAAACUAUUUCAAAGGAUGAUCUAAAAGAUAGUUAACAUUAUUAAAGUACAUUUUGUCUGGGAUUCUCAUAAAAUAUUACAAGAUAACCAUUAAAUUAUUCAAAUUUAAUAACCUUUUAGGCUUCAAAAAAUGUAUAAGCCAUUUUUUGUGGGUGCAAUAGGGUUUGUUUUGAUGUGUUAGAAAUAUAAUAUAGUGAAGAAUGAAGUGUUUUGUAUUUAAAAAUAUGCAUACCCACAUUGCGAACAUCUCUUAGUAAACAUUUGUAUAUGAAAUAGAAAACAAAUUUGUAAUAAAUAAGAGGCCUACCAUAUUCUAUGUAAAUUUCACUAGGCAUGAUAUACAUUCUUCUUGUUGACUUAAUAAUCAUUAGAGUAUUGUUUAACAAUUUUCAAACCAAAUUCAUAAACAAAACAGGAUUGACAUAGUUUAUCUAUUAUCACUGAUACUAUAUCCUCGCUAUUACACUGCACAUAUUAUAAAGUAUCAUGUUAUAGAGACUCAAAAUAUAAACCUUUUUAAAUUAUGGUAUAAUUGUUUAUUGGCAGUACUGGAUUAAUAAAAUUUAUGAAGAAAUUUUAAGUGGGUGUGGGUGUGUGUGUGUGUGAGAGAGUUUAAAGUAUAUAUAAAGUAUGUAUGCAUGCAUAUCUGUGCAUGCGUUGGCCAGUGCUGAAGGCACUAUAAGCAGGCAUAAUGUUGGCAACCAAGUACUUGUUAUGAUACAAGAAUAUUUAAGAUUAUAAUUGAUAUCAUCUAUGCUAUCAACUUUGUCGGCAGGAAUGCUAUAGACCUUAAUAGUACUCAUUAUGUCAGCAUUCAUAGCAUUUGACCUUAUCAGUGCCCAUGUCAGCAUUCAUAGUAUUUGAUCUAUCAGUGCUAUGUGAAUGUUCAUGGUACAGUAUUGGCCUUAUCAGUGCUCAUACAGUACAGUAUGUCAGCAUCCAUGCUGUUGGCCUUAUCAGUGCUCAUAUGUCAGCAAUCAUAGUAGUUGAUCUAUUAGUGCUUUGUGAACAUUCAUUGUAUUGGCCUUAUCAGUGCUCAUCCAGUACAUUAUGUCCGUAUCCCAUACUGUUGACCUUUGGUAAUGACAGCAUCCAUGAUACUGACAUUAAGGAGUUUUCGAUUUGCACAAUGACGUAACCCUAGAACGGAUUCACUCAUCCGUGACCAGCAUUCUAUGUUCUCUGCACAAAGCAUAUUCGGGCCAAACUGUGUUCUAGAUUCUAGAUAACAAGAGGUCAAUGUGCGCAGAUGACUUCUUAGUGAUGUCAUUAUAUUCUAGGUCCUACUACUGUCGCCAUGCUAUCGAAUGCUCCCUAUUAUCAGUGCUCGUACGUCAGCAUACAGGCUGUUGACCUUAUUAAAAAAUGUCAGCAUCCACGCUAUUGACCAUGCUAUUGACAUUAUCAGUGCUCACACAUCGGCAUUCAAGCUACUGAUUUUAAAAGUGCUCAUAUACAUUGUAUUGACCAUAUUAGUGCUCAUAUGUCACUUCAUUGGAACAGUAAAUCACAUUUGCCAGUGGAGUAGUUAUUAAUAAUAUAAUCCAAUAAUUGCCUUUUCCAUAUGCAUUGCCAUGCAAUGCACUUGCUGAUGACUCUUCAAAAUACAAUUGUAAAAAAAUAGAUUGAUAACUGUUUUUAGUACUGUAAUGUUAACAAUUUUUUCAAAGAGUUUGUGUAAUUUGAAUAUCAAGAUAUCAAAUAAUAAGUUUAUGUAAUUAAUUGAUUACAUGAAGGUUCUGAUAAGUUAUACAGGUAUUCUGUUGGAUAACUUCUGAGAUUUUUCUAAUGUUGAGACGACAACCACUGUAAGGUUGGUUGUCUUUUACAUUCACUUGUUAUGUGAAUGUUAUAUAAUAAUGUAUUCAAUUAAUAGCCACAGCAAUACCUACAAAGUUGAUGGAGUGACCAUAUAUCUUUGCCAGUGAUAGUUGAAGAAUUCUAUUCUAUUGUAUAUAAUGCAAAUUAACUUUACCUACAGUAGUGUCAAUUAUAUAAUCAUGUCAUUUUAUUUGAUAUUUUUCUUUGUUAUUCCAUCUUGCAUCAUUUGAGGUCAAAUAUUAAAUUGUACUGUACAGUUUUUAGCAUUAUUCUCAACAAUGCUUUAUAAAAAAGUAGACCCUAUGCUGUCUUUAUAUAUAGAACAUGUGACUAUUUACAACCUUUUAAGAUCUCAAUUUAAAAACAACAUUAUUUAUAUUAAGAUGUUUAAACUUCUGUAUUUUGGCAUUAAUUGUUUAUGUUAUUGUAUUAGAAAUUGAUAAAUUUCCUAAUAGAUAAUUUUCUUUUCUACAAAGUAAUAAGUAAUAUUUAUAUUAUUUAUAAAUACUUUUAAAAAAAACAUCAUUGGACAAUUAUAACCGGAUGGUGCUCAGCAGACCAAUCAAACCAUAAUAAAUAAUAUAUUAAUGUUGUGCCUCAUUAUUCUGUCUUGGGGCUGAAGUGUUACCAUCAUGUUUUAACCAUGGGCAAUUUUGAUUUUUAACCUAUUCUGGACCUAGUUGGUGCUUGUUUGUAAAUUGUAAACAUAUGUAUAUUUAAUGAGGUAUAUUUAUUAUUGUUUCUUGUUUCAUAUACAGUACCUGUAUUUAGAAUCAGUCAUAAUUAGUCAGAUGGAAAAAUAUACCCUUUCUUACCUACUUUAAAAUGUUUAUCAUCUAUUUAAUAAUGAUGAUGGCAAGAUCUUUAAUUGGGUAAUUACAACUUAAUCAUUUUCCAUCUGUACUAAACAAAACUAGCAGAUUAUGAAGGAAUAGGGAACAAAGCAGAAAAUAUUGCAGAUGAAAAUAAUUUGUGUUAAUUCACAAGUACAUGUUUUGACGGCAGCUACUUUACACCAUCUAAUCCUUCCUACUCUACAUUUACUGAAUGGAAAUGAUAAAUGAUGUACCUAUCAAUUCGAAUUAUUUGUAAUUGCCAACUCAACUGGAAAUUCAUGUUCACGUACUUGUAUCCCAGUUACACUCAAUAUACAACUGUAGCACACCUGGUGGUCUUAAUAAAAAGUUCAGGACAAUAGGAUGAUAUGUUGAUUAAUAUGGAUUCUAAAUUUUUUUUCUGUCUAUUAUUAAAAACUGCAACCAGACUUCUUUUUCUACUGAAAAUCCUUCUUGCUGUGUUGUGAUAUAACUGACCUGCAACCUAUGACCUGUGGCAUCUGCUGUGAACACUUGCUUCAGACUUCUUUGUAUUUUAAAUCAAUAAAGACAUGCAAAUCUGAAA